AUGGAGAAGGAGGCGAGGCGCCCAAGCAAAAAGGCUCGCGGCACGUCUGGUGGCUCCACCAGCGGCCUGGCGGCGCUCGCGCUCCGGCUGUCAAACAAGCUCGCCGCCUGCGAGGAGCACGAGGGCAAGAACAUCAUGUUCUCGCCGUUGUCCAUCUACACCGCGUUAGGUCUUGUGGCGGCCGGCGCCAAAGGCACCACGCUGGACGAGGUCCUCGCCGUGCUCGGUGCCGUUUCGCGUGACGAGGUCGCGGGAGUCGUGCGAGCCGUGGCGGAAGGCGCCCUCGCCGCCGCCGACGAAGAUCCGUCAAGGCCGCUGGUUGUUACGACCGCGUGCGGUGUGUGGUGUCAGAAGGAUUGGUCGCUCAAGCCGGCCUACCGGCAGGCCGUCGUCGAGUCCUACAAGGCGGAAGUACGCGCCCUUGACUUUGUAAGAAAGGCAGAGGAUUCAAGGGAGGAGAUCAACAGCUGGGUCGCGGAGGCCACGAAGAAACUUAUCACUUCCGUCCUCCCGCCUGGCUCCGUGCACGUCGACACCAGGCUCGUGCUCACCAAUGCCAUCUACUUCAAGGGCGAGUGGGAGAAGGCCUUCCGCCGGAGCGGCACCAAAGAGCACAUGUUCUACCGCCUCGACGGCACUGCCGUCCGCGUGCCAUUCAUGGCCGGAAGCGGAAGCUGCAAGUACAUGGUGUCAUGCUACGACGGAUUCAAGGUGCUCAAGCUCCCGUACAAACAAGGGAAGAACAGCGGUGGCGCACGGUACUCAAUGUGCAUCUUCCUCCCAACCGCGCGGGACGGGCUGCAUAGCCUUACCGACCAGAUGUCGUCUGGCGGCUCAAGUUUCCUGUUUGACCACCUGCCCACGUGGCCAAAGAGCAUGACCAGGUUCGGUCUCCCCAAGUUCAAGUUGUCAUUCUUCUGCAGCAUGAAGGAAGUUCUCAAGAGCUUGGGACUCCGGGCAGCAUUCGGCGACGCCGAUCUGUCUGACAUGGUGGAGGCCAAUUCCGGCAAUAUUUCGGUGGAAGAUGUGUUCCACAAAGCAGUAGUUGAAGUGAACGAAGAAGGAACCGAGGCGGCCGCCUCCACGGCGGUCACAGUGAUUCUUCAGAGCUGCAGACCUCCUAUGGACUUCGUCGCGGACCACCCUUUUGUUUUCUUCAUCGUGGAGGAGGUGUCCGGUGCGGUGCUCUUCACCGGCCACGUCAUUGACCCUUCUAUGAAAACGGACUCAUAA